UUUCAGGGCAGAGAGAGAGGGAGCGAGAGGGAGAGGGGUCAGUCGGAGAUUUUGUGGCCUUACUGGUGUCGGCCUUUAACUGGUGCCAGCAGCAAACCGGCCAUGAGGGUCCAGAGCAGCCCUGGAAUUAAACAGGGGACAUCAACAGGCAAACCAUGUCUUUAAACUACAUCAAAAACUUCUAUGAAGGAUGCCUCAGGCCUCCUACGGUGAUAGGCCAGUUCCACACCUUGUUCUUCGGCUCGGUGCGGAUGUUCUUCCUGGGCGUUCUUGGCUUCGCUGUCUACGGAAAUGAGGCACUGCACUUCAGCUGCGACCCUGAUCGCCGAGAACUCAACCUGUACUGCUACAACCAGUUCAGACCCAUAACACCUCAGGUCUUUUGGGCGUUACAACUGGUAACAGUGCUGGUUCCUGGAGCGGUCUUCCACCUCUACGCAGCCUGUAAGAACAUUGACCAGGAGGAGAUCCUCGAACGACCAAUCUACACCGUCUUCUACAUCAUUUCUGUUCUUCUGCGCAUCAUUCUGGAAGUCAUCGCUUUUUGGCUACAGAGCCACCUCUUUGGCUUCCAGGUCCACCCGCUGUAUAUGUGUGAUGCCAGUGCUUUGGAAAAGGUCUUUAAUGUGACUAAGUGCAUGGUGCCCGAACACUUUGAAAAAACCAUCUUCCUCAGUGCCAUGUACACCUUCACUGUGAUCACCAUACUUCUCUGUGUUGCUGAGAUAUUUGAGAUACUCUGCCGACGGCUUGGCUAUCUCAACAACCAAUGACACAUACACACAUGCAUACAUAAAAUGACUAAGGGUGAAAAUAUAUGACACUUAUUCUGCCAGUUUUUAUCGGGCUCUUGGUUAGCUACUGCUGGACUUUUAUGAAGCAGGAAGCUGGCGUAAGAGCAUAACCUCACCUGUGGUCCACCGUGAGUGAGUUGCACCAAGAAAUCUGAGAAUGUGCGACAAUGUCACAGCUGGCUAGUCUGAAAUAUUCUCUAGGUGUUUUUUGCCCUUAACUAUAGAGUGAUCAUCCCUAGUCGUAUUUCAGAUAUCAGUGGGUAUGUACUGGCUGUGUCCAGGGGUCUUGCAUGGACGUGAUGGCCAGAGAAUAUGCACCUCUGACUCUGAACCGUUGGAGGAUGGGAAAGAAAGAUUUCUGUUUUUAUUUUUUCCACAAGAUGACUGAAGGACAGGCAUCAACUUCAGGGUGCUACUAAUACCUGUGACUAUGGUUGAAUUAGAGCACAAGGAAGGCGUAGUUUGUCAUGAACUUGGUGGCCCAUAACAGUUUUAGGGUCCCUCGACCCUGUUCUUGUUGUUGUACCAAGUUGUACCUCAGAUCAGAUACUCUUACAAAGAAACACUCUGGAAGCAUUAGCUGCACACAUUUUUGCCAAAUGCUUAAGGGCCUGGAGUGCACUAAACACAUCAAGGUUCAUCGACCAAACUUGAUGCACCUUUGUUGUUCUAUGUUCCCUUAUGGUGUGCCAACAAUGAACCUAAAAAGCUCUUUUUCAGGAGAUUUCAGAAAGCUUUUAUGAAAAGGUACAAAGUUUUAAUGUAACAUACUAACAGCCAACAAUGCAAAUGUUUUAGCUACACACAUAAUUCUAUACAAAAGUGCAGAUAAACACUAUAGUCUCGCUUGUCUUCCUGGUGCUGAUCAAACAUGACAAGCAGAAUAUAGAGCUGGCAAUGUAUUAUCACUCAUGUCAUUCUUAAGACACUGUGAUCCAGUAACCUUACCCAUGGGCCAGUGAACUGCAGGUGCCAGUGCUCCUGACACUUCCAUGUGUGACAGUUAUCGCUUCCAAUAUGUGUCUGUUAUUGCUUCCAGCUGGUUCUAACCUUUACUUCCAUCAACAUGAGCGCCACAACUUUGUUGUUGACUUUUUGAUGGAGGUUGUCUGCCUUUUCAGAUAUGUGUUUCAGCUUGGCGGGUCUUAAACAACCUUCAGCUUGACUUAUUUCUUAAAACAGGCCCCCCAACUCAUGCACCAGAAAGGCUAAAAUUAUGAUGCCAUCACUAAAAAUGGUAUCGCUCUUUGAGGGUAAAGCUCUCCCCAUAGAUAAAAAGCAUUUAAUGGGUUGAUGUAAUAGUCUAAAGAUAAUAAUUAAACACUUUCCAGCUUUUAUUUUGAAACUUUAAAGAAAUUUAUAGUCUGAAGAAUCAGCGACUUACACAAAAAUAUUAUUGAAAUUUGGUUAUACAAAUGUGUUGGAAUGAAAACAUAUAAAAUAUUUAACAACUGAAAAAAAAUGCAAUGUUUUUAAAUGUCUGAAAAAUGUAUCAACUGCUACUAAGAAGAAAUACUGCACAAUUUUUGUGCUUAACGGAUGUCCCAACAUCCAAGGUGAGACUGAGGAGUUCUCAAAUAGCAGUAGUUCUUAACAGACUUGAAAAAAAUCUGCAUAAAAAUUUGAAGUUUUUAGAGUUUCAAGGCCCUAUUGGUCUCAUUUACAAUAUAAUAACUUUUAUUUUUAUGGCUGAAAUGCGAAGCUAAGUGCUCAUUCAGUCCAGAUAUAUUUGAAACGAUGGUUGAUCUUUUGACCAUGUCUGAUUCCCAACCAUCUCUCCUCAUCAAGGGUGUCCUCUACCCCCCCACUCUCUUUACAUUACCGUUUCCUAGCUUAUAGUAUUACACAUAAUACUUUAUGUAACUGUGCCUUCGGCGUCACUGUCAAUGUAUUUUGAAAAAGAUUACCUCUCAUGUUUUGUAAUGUUUUUUUUAAUCAGACAUCCAUCCAACUUUUGUUAUGAAGUUUUCAGCAAUCUGUUUAUCAUCUCAGGUACAAAAUUGCAUUACCAGACAAAAGUGGAUCAAACCCUCAUUUCAAAUCCUUUUUAAACCCUUAAAUAAGCUUUUCUGAUACUGAGGGACCACUCCAGUUGAUCCCAACCAACAGUACCAAAGGCCCAGUUGGACUAAUAGGCUUUAAGAGGAUUUGAAACAGGUAUGUGACUCCUGUGGUUUGGGUUCGUCUGCGUUCUGGUAUUUGUUUGUGGAGGAUGGUUUUAAAUUUUGCCUCUGAAAGUUCCUUCACCAAGACUAAGGCCUUGUUUAUAUUAUUGUAAUAUAGCCCAUAGAAUCGCACAUCUGUACUGUUCGGGUCAGAUAGAACAAUGUGGCAUGUUAAUGAGAUUGAUAUGAUCUGGAGCCAUUUGGUGGAAAUGUAGCGCUGAUACAAAAUUGUCGUACUCUGGAUCAGUCCUGGAUAUCUAUCUCCAGUAACGUCACUCGAUUCAUUACGGGAAAAAUGUUAAAAAUACAAACUCACUUGAUGUUAGGUCAUCUUAGCAUCUGAGCAAGAGAAAACUCAACCACAUCUCUGAGUUUAUCUCUAGGGGUUACCGCCUGGUCACACCAGUAUUUAAAACAGUUCAAAGAAAAUCAAGUCAUCUCAAUCUGUUCACCACAGUGUUUUGUACAAAUCUGUUACACUGCCUUUGAAGGCACAAAUAAGUCUCUUGAUAGGACUAGGUAUCAGUACUCAAUGAGGUAUCGACCAAAAUAACCCUCCAGUCAAACUACCCGUGCAUUCUAUCCUCUUUGUACACAGAUAUAGAAAAACUAUUUGUACAGUGCUAAUAGCAUCUGCCAAAAAAGAAA